UUCCUUAGAUCUCCUUCUCUCAUCCAAUCUCUCUUUCUCCCAAUUCUGAACUAGAAGUAGAGAAGUCAAUUGACCCUUAUCUCUCUCCAUUAUCAAAAUGUCUGCCGAUCUGAAGCCACUUCGCAUUGUCAUGGCCUGUGACGAGGCUGGCCAACCCUACAAGGAGACUCUCAAGGCUGCCCUCCAGAAGAACCCUCUGGUCGAGUCCGUCGAUGAUGUCGGUGUUAACUCAACCUCCGACAAGACUGCCUAUCCUCACCCCGCCGUCGCCGGUGCUAAGCUUAUCAAGGAGGGUAAGGCGGACCGUGGUCUCUUCAUCUGCGGUACGGGUCUGGGUGUUGCCAUCGCUGCCAACAAAGUUCCCGGCAUCCGUGCCGUCACUGCCCACGACUCCUUCUCUGUCGAGCGUGCUAUUCUGAGCAACGAUGCCCACGUCCUCUGCUUCGGUCAGCGUGUCAUUGGCAUUGAACUCGCUAAGAAGCUCGCCAACGAGUGGGUUACCUACCGCUUCGACCCCAAGAGCGCCUCUGCUGCCAAGGUCCAGGCUAUCUCCGACUACGAGGCCGAAUUCGCCAAGGCUCAGUAGAUCCUCUAAUAAUGACACUUCAAACCAUGAUGCACGAGCGAACGGAUCGCCUGUCUCUGACGGCAUCUUAACGACGGCGCUCAUAGCGCGUCAUUAGAUCAGCGAAACCCGCUUGGUGGAGGCAUCCGACGAGUUCUCCCGAGUUCUCCCUUACACUGUGUUCUUAUACCUCUUCCGAGCGACUGGACGGGCAUCCUGAU